UGUGCAGUGAGAGCUGUCCCCCUGGCACCCGCAUGGCCAGAAAGAAAGGUGAACCUGUCUGCUGCUUCGACUGCAUCCGAUGUUCAGAAGGAGAAGUCAGCAAUAAAAAAGGUUUGUUUGAUACACGUAUAUUUCUACAAUGCACAUCUAUUGUACAUAUAUUGUGAAACUCAACGGCUAAACAGUUAUAAUUACUUCAUGUUGUUUGUUAGACUCAACAAAAUGUACCAGCUGUCCAGAGGAGUUUUGGUCCAAUCGCCAACGUGAUCACUGUGUACCCAAAAGCAUGGAGUUUCUUUCCUAUUUUGAACCCCUGGGCAUCUCUUUGACCACUGCUUCAUUAUCUGGAACACUCUUAUGCACCAUUGUUUUUGGAAUCUUCACAUAUCAUCGUACCACACCAGUGGUUAGGGCCAACAACUCAGAGCUUAGCUUCCUCAUUCUGCUGUCACUCAAACUUUGCUUUUUGUGCUCAUUGCUUUUCAUUGGUCAACCAAGGCUGUCAACUUGUCAGUUGAGGCAAGCAGCCUUCGGGAUCAGCUUUGUUCUGUGUGUCUCAUGUAUCCUGGUGAAAACCAUGGUAGUUCUGGCGGUAUUCAAGGCCUCCAAACCAGGUGGUGGUGGUAGUCUGAAGUGGUUUGGGGUAAUGCAACAGAGAGGCACUGUUGUAUUUCUGACUUUAAUACAAGCAGCAAUUUGUACAACAUGGCUUAUUUCAUCCUCACCAACUCCUCAUAAAAACACACAGUACUACAAAGACAAGAUUAUAGUUGAGUGUGUAGUGGGGUCCACAGUAGGAUUUGGAUUAUUACUAGGGUAUAUUGGCUUACUGGCUAUUCUCAGUUUCUUACUAGCUUUCUUGGCACGGAAUCUACCAGAUAACUUCAAUGAGGCCAAGUUUAUCACCUUCAGCAUGUUGGUCUUCUGUGCUGUUUGGAUAGCCUUCAUUCCAGCUUAUAUAAACUCUCCUGGAAAAUAUGCAGAUGCUGUAGAGGUAUUUGCCAUUUUAGCUUCCAGUUUUGGGCUGUUACUGGCCUUAUUUGGACCAAAGUGUUACAUAAUAAUCUUGAAGCCUGAGAAAAACACCAAAAAAGCUAUAAUGGGACGAGGCACAACAAGAUCGUAA